AUUACUUAUGAAUCCACGAUUUCCUGGAUUGUCUUUUUGAAUUAUUCAUCUUUAUUGUGCAAUGAUUUCUAUCGGUUGAUCUUGUCUGUUGGGUUGGUUUCCAGCGGUUCUACCGUUUAUCCCCGAAUUUCUGAUUAAUUUUGAGUACAUAAUUAGAGUUACUUAUUCCGCACUUCAGUUCGCACCGCCAGAUACCGAGUGGAACAGGAAGGUACGGUGAUGAUCAUGAGACAGAGGGAGCGCAUCUUCCACUCAUAAUCCAUCACACGCUGAUUAGACCUCACCGUCCCGGUAAUACGCCAUAUUAUUCUUCAGGAUUUUUGCCGUCGAUCGAGGCAUACUCCGUCCGUUUUUCUAUGUGAUCCUGUGCAUAACCGCGUUCCGGAUUAACUCGCGUUAUCCCACGUCUGUGAAAGGCGUGUAUCAGAGAAAUUGAUUUGGACUUGUCAUACGAAUCCUGGUUGGCAGCGGUUGUCUUUUCUAAUUUAGGUGCGGUAGGCGUUUUUCAUUUACAUCCGAUCUGUGCGACUGCGGUUUUUUUUCAAGGCAGCCUGUAUUUGCUUCCUUUAGGAUUGUAAGGCUGACAAUAGUUUCAAACCGCUCAUUAUCCAAUUGCGCGUGGAGUGAUGUGACUCAUUGUGUUAAUUCAGAUCGUGAUGGACUGUUGAAUAGCAUUAUGAUUGCAUCGACCUUUUAACUCCCAUGGAUUGAUGCGGUUUUUGUGCUUGACCGAGCGUCUACAUUUUGUAUUAUUAUCUGAAAAUUGUGUGCGCUGUCUCGGUUCCCGUGUGGUAUGCUGGUGAGAAGAAUGGGCCGCAGCAGUAGUAAAGCCAGCGAUCGACAGGCACGCGAUGACACCAAUAAUUUCCUGAAGAAAGCCGCUCCCAAGAUCGUCAUUACGGCCAGUUCGGACGACAGUCCCGAUCUGCCAGACAUUGUCGACCACGCGAAACCGCUGAGUAAGGAGGCCAGUCGGAAAAAGGACGCCAAGGAUGUUGUCCAGUCGGCGCCGCCGGAAGGCGACGUUAUUGUCAGUGAACGGCAGGCGCAUAAAAACUGGCUGCUGGCGUUGUUUCUACUGAUGGUGUACAUUGGGUUGGUGGUGAUGACGGGCCAGUUGACACGCAUUGCCUUCUCGAAGAAUGUCUUCAAGUAUAAAGCGCCGUUCCUCUUUGUCUGGUGUAAAGUGACACUGCGGGUGCUGGCCUUCCCGUCAGUGCUGCUCAUUACCAUUCUGAUUCGCGCCUGUCGUCGCCAGCCGGUCGCUGUGCAGACCAUCUGGAGGCACUGCACCAAGACCCUGCGUAAUCAUCAGGGCAAGAUCACCUUGUGGUUGAUCUUGCGGAAAUACUUCCCCAUGUCCAUUUCCAUGCUGCUGAUGCAGAUCGGCUGGGUGGUGGGGAUGGUGUACGCGCCCACCUCCAUCGUGGCGGCGCUGUGCUCCGGUGCGGUGGCAUUUUCCUACGUACUGUCCUGGCUGGUGCUCAAAAACAAGAUGCUCCUUGUCAAGGGCAUUUUCGUGGUGGUCGCCUUUGCCGGCAUCGGCCUGAUUGCAUAUGCAACGAGCGCGACUCCCCAAUGUGCACCCCCGGCCAAUGCCACAGUGCAGUCCAAUAUGACCGGAAAUGCUGAUGUAACUCUACCGUCCACUCCAGCGGGAGAGAUGUCCGAAGCGGCGACCACGGUCUACAGCGUGGAGCGUUGCGCCGCCACCUCGCAGAUGUACUUGGGUGUCCUGUUCGGUAUCUGCGCCGCAGUCUUCUAUUCCCUGCACCAGUUGGCAUUUAAACUCGCCUAUCCGGUGGCCGAUUUAGUGCAAGUGUCCUUCAUUAUGUCCUGCAUGUCGCUGAUGAUAUCCAUCAUGUACUUCCCCGUGCCGUUGUCCAUGCACCUGACGGGAUUUGAGGAGUGGAAAUGGCAUGAAAUGCCGCUGGGCAUCAGUGUGGCCGCCUGGUGCGGAUCAUACGUCAGCUCCAUCUCGUAUGCCUACGGGCUGGCGCUGUCCACGCCGUUCUUCAUGUCGGUAUCGGAAGUGCUCAUCGUGGCACUCAACACCGGCAUCGAUACCGUCGUGCACGCGGAGCCGAUGGGAUUACUGCAGAUUCUCGGGACCGGCCUGGUCGUGCUGGCCUUCCUCUUCAUGGUGAUGCCCGACGGCUGGCUGUCAGUCAAAUUGCGCAAUGAACCGCGCCAGUCAGUGGAUGGUGCGGCGGAGUUACAGGCGCUACGUCCUCUGCCGGAGAAGGAUUGAAAAGACUAUGUUUUUUAGUUGUUAUGACCUGCAAAGAAGAUUCAGUUGUUGUUGUUUUGUGUCCUGUUGAUUUGUCCCCGCGUGUUGCGAUUGGAAGACGGAUUCUGAUGUGGUUAUUGGUCAAAAUGGAUUCCGGUGGUGGAUCAGGGAAAAUGGGAUGAAUAACGGCGUCCUGUUCUCACGUGCGCCUCCACGCGUUCGGUGGGCUGCCUUUGGCUGCAGUGCGCCACUUCCUCUUUCCUUAAUGCAGUGAAAUAUACCGGUAUCUUUCCCGGGGUGAUGCACCCUUAAUUGGCCACGAAAUUAUCUAUCCUCUUUGUAAAAUGUUUCUGAUCAUCUCUUCUCUCGUAUUUCUGGACGCUCUUUUCUGUUACUGUUAACUGUUUUUUAUGUGUUUCUCUUAAUGUAUAUCAACUAAAAUUAACAUUUUAUUACUAGCUAGUAGCUGGUCAUUAGCAAAUAAAAGAGUGGUUG